AUUUCGUCUUUGAGCUUCAAUGCAAACCGUAUGGCUGUGGGCGUCCUCCUUUCAAUUUCCUGCGUACCUGAGUUGCUUGUAAUGUACCGAGCGAGCAUCCAAUCAUUCUAUUCUCCUCAAUUUGAGGUUUUGUCAUCUGCCGGAACUUAUGAGGUGUGGCAUGGGCAGCAGUGACUGCGACCCAAUGCACAGUGCACACAAUUACCAGAUAACUAACUCGUACCGGACUUAUUCGCGGAUCGCUUCUUCGGUGCGGCGAUGCUUAGCGAUCAAGAGGUCGAACGGGCCGCGGCCCAGCUCGCCGAAUACAGGCAGAGCAACGCAUUGUCCAAGCUCCUCGAACAGUAUGCGGUCUUGAUCGAGGAUUACAAGCGUCUCAAGAGCGAUUACGAGGAGGAGCGCGAGACGAGGGAAAAGUACAAGCAGAUGGUCAGGGACCAAGAGCGCAACCCGUUUGUGCUCGUCUUGGUGGAUGGCGACGGCUAUGUCUUCAACGAGACGUUGCUUGCGAAACGUGCUGAGGGCGGAAGCGCUGCGGCCCAAAUGCUCAACGACGAAAUCAAGGCCAGUCUGCGACGGAAAGGUCUGGAACACUGCCAGGUCAUGGUGCGGAUAUACGCCAAUGUCUUUGGUCUGUCAAAGGUCCUUUCCAAAGCCGGUCUCGUCGGCGCCGAGAGCCGGUCGCUUGGCCCGUUCAUCGCCAACUUCAAUCGCGCCUACGGUCUGACAGAAUUGGUCGACGCCGGGGAGCUGAAGGAGAACGCAGACUCUAAGCUGCGCGCGCUCCUGCACCUCUAUGCGGACAAUACCCAGUGCAAGCACAUCUACUUUGCGGCUUGCCACGAUGUCGGCUACAUCUCGGAGCUUACACCCUUUGUGGGCAACAGCUCCAAGUUCACACUCGUUAAUACUCCCGGUAUCCGGUUUCACGACGAAUUCAGGAAGCUCGGCAUGGCCAUUGAAGACUUCCGUGGUGGUGUCUUUCGGCAUAGCCCUUUAGACGGAACCACUUCAUAUCGUCCUUCCAGCAACGGUGUCCAUGCGAAAACUGUCCCUGGACCGCCGCAACCUGGUUCGCCGAUGAAGCGGACAUUGGCACCAAACUCAGCGGUCUCCAGUGCGACGAAGAAGCCUAUUUGCCCAUUCGACUCCCUAGGGAAGUGCCGAUAUGGCAAAUCCUGCAAACUCCUCCAUGUUACUCCGCUUAACGAGACAAGCAGCACUGCGCCGCAAGCUGCGGGGCUGCGGUCCAUGGUUAUGUCGUCGGCCACAGUCGAUGUCUUGAUCGAGUUAGUCAAGCUCCCGAAGAAGCACCAAAUCCCCGAGGGUUAUGUACCGGUCAACAAGAGCAACUACCGCCUCGAUCCGUACCUAGAACUCGUCGAAGAUGAUGCUAUGAGACGGCUAAAGGCCCGCAUCGAGAAACAUCGGUUGUGCAACAAUUUCCAUCUACAAGGGUCCUGCGACGCCGGUGAUCGAUGUGAGUACGACCAUCAGCCUCUCGAGCCUGAGCUGCUGCAGGCAUUGGAGUCGCUGGCCCGCAACCAACCAUGCACGCGGCGAGGUAGCUGCAGACUUCAAGGCUGCAAUCAUGGACACAUUUGCCAGACUCCCGAAUGCAGACAUCGCGGCGGUAAGGCUUAUUGCAAGAUUCCACACGCUGCCCAUCUGGAAGACUUAGAAUGCGCUCGCUAUGUACCCGGUGUCACUAAGCAGGACGGAAAGACGGCCAACAGCGGCAGUGGAAGCAGCACUACCAGCGGGUAGACCGGACGGCGGGCCUAUCUACGUCGGUCAUGGGCGACAACUAGCUCAGAAUCGUCGUCUUAUUCCUUGGAUAUGCGACGCGGCUCCCUGAGAGAUAAGGGUGCCGGUGCAUACAAUAUGGGAUAAGACUGACAUUAGCGCAUGCCCGCCCAGCACAUGCCCGGCCCAGGAAGCAUGUCUCAUCAUGGCCACCCGCUUACGAAGCCGCCCCUACCUAACACUUUUGCAGCAAGAACAGA